CCUUCGAAUCGAUUUUGGUGCAGUGCAAUCAGACUUAAGCAGCUUAAAAAAUGAGUUACAAGUAUGCUCAACGGGUAUUUCAAAUCUCAAUACCCGUUGGGAUGAAUUAGAAACAAGGUUCUCGGCUUUAGAGGACAGGUUAGUUCAAGUCGAAAAUAAAUCAAAGACAAUAACCAAAGUGCAAUCUGACCUCGAGGUGGCGAAGCUCUCUAUUUCAACUUUAAAAAACAUAAUUGAAGCAAGUGACCAAUACAGCAGAAUGAACAAUCUAGAGAUAUCCGGCAUACCUUUUAAGAAAGGAGAAAACUUAACCAACAUCGUCUGUGAUAUUCACAAUGCUGUGGGUUUGAACUUUGAACCGACAAUAAUAGACAGCAUACAUCGCGUACGUCGGUACAUUGAAAGCGACUCGAACACCGGUGGCAUUGAUAAAAACAUUGAAGCUACUUUAAGCCCACGACCUCCCGCUAUCAUAGUUAAGUUUACCCGCCGAAUAUAUAAAGAUGAACUCUUAUCAGCAGUGCGAGUGCGUAGGGGUCUUACAACAGCUAACAUAGGUCUCACAGGUCCAGCCCUAAACCUGUUCUUGACCGAUCACCUUACCCCGGCAAAUAAGCUGCUAUUGAAGCGGGCACGACAACUCAAGGCCGACAGAAAGAUUGCUCAUCUCUGGGUGCGAGACUGCAAAAUACUAGCACGAAAAACUGACUCGUCGAAAGUGAUGAUUAUUAAUAACAAUUUCGACUUUAGUAGAAUCAAUUGACUUUCAUGUUUUAUAUUGCCCUUUUCAAUUUUGUCAAUUAAAAUCAAGUUAUUCACUUUUAUCGAUGUUCUAAUCCUUCAAAUCUCAUUUCUAAAUUAUAAAUCCAUUAACUAUAUUAAAAUAUUAAGAACUCAAUGUCACCGUAACAAAGAAACACGUGCAUGUAUUUUUAUAUUCUAUAGUCGUUUCUUACUUUCGUUCUACAUUACAGACAAUAAUCAAUUGAUACCUAAAAAAUUUCCAGCUUAUUGCAAAGAAUUCGCCUUUAGAAAAAACAAGUCAUUAACUAACGAGUUAUUGGGCGCCUAUUGUUCUCGGCAGGUAAUCAGGUCGAGCAAUGCACCGCUAAGUCGAAUAAAAUUCCAAGCGCAGUGGCCUGUAUCUGACUGUCAUAAUAUGUUCCUACCAACUAAUGCUAACAACAGCUAUUUAGUUCAAAUAUUGCGCGAAUUUAUGUCUUUCUCCGGUAUGUAUCAGUGUAACAAUAUUUUUAAUGCUAAUAAACGUAUACUAGAUUUAAUCCUGUGCAGUGAACGUUGCAUAGUAUCAUCCAGUGAUUUUCCCUUAACAAGUGAAGACCCUCACCACAAAGCUCUUCAAUUCGAGUUACGGCUGACACACAUGCACACACUGAAACCAGCCCCUUGUAAGGUAUACUGUUUUUAUAAUGCAAACUACCAGGAAAUAAAUAAUGAGCUUUGUGCUAUAGAUUGGUGUAAUAUUUUUAGUCCUCUGAGUUUAGAAGAGUGUAUUCUUGAAUUUUAUAAAAUUUUAAAUAAUUUAAUAAAUAAAUUUGUUCCACAACGUCCACUACGUUCAUCGCACCAUAAGCCUCCGUGGUAUACUAAACCUCUCAGACGAUUGCUAAAUACUAAGCAAAAGUAUCAUAAACUGUGGAAAACGUAUAAAAAUCCAUUAGAUUUUGAAUGCUUUAAGUCACUGCGUAAAAGAGCAAUACAACUAGAAAAAAAGUGUUAUGAUUCUUACAUUAAUAAUAUUGAAGAAAAAAUUCACAAACAACCUAAGUGCUUUUGGUCCUAUAUUAAAUCAACAAUAUCAAAAACUGCUUUACCCCACCUUAUGUACUAUAAAGGCAGAUCGAGUUCAAAUGGUGAGCAAAUAUGCGACUUCUUUAACGAACAUUUUUAUUCGGUCUUCGAAAACUCAACCAUAAAUUCAUUUAACUUGUCUGAAAUUCCUUUGGCUAACAAUACAAUUUUUAAUAUAAAUUCUAUUCAUAUAUCCAAAGAAAUUGUUUACAAAUAUCUUAAAUCUGUAAAUGUAGCCAAGGGUGCUGGCCCGGAUGGUAUUCAUCCAGUAUUGAUAAGAAACUGUGCUACAAACUUAGCGUUACCAAUUACCAUUUUAUUUAUGAAAUCAUUUAGGGAAGGCCGUGUCCCUGCCAUUUGGAAAAUGGCACUGGUCACUCCGAUACCAAAAGGAGAUAUUAGCCAAUUUAUUGACAAGCAUCGGCCUAUAUCAAAAUUAUGCCAAUUUGGAAAAAUACUAGAAAAAAUUGUUACAGACCAACUAUCAUGGGCUUUAUCAGAAAUUUAG